AGAAAUGUGAAUGAAUCAAAGGAGGGUCAGCUCUUUGUUUUAAUACUCUCUUUCAUGGACUCUGCACUGCACAUGUGGACUAAGGGGGAUUCUGAAACACUUCACGGCAUUGCGUGGUUUACCAUGACAACUGAAUCAGGCGCAGACUCGGAGGCAAAGCAGCCGCAGGAGAACAAGGAGACGGAGAAGGGGAAUACUAAAGCGGCAGCCCAGCCCAGCCAGGAAGCAGCCGAACCCACCCUGCCUCAGAACCAGCCGGAGCAGCUUCCAGCCGCUGCCGGACACAGCACCCCGGCCAGGAAAGAACAGGAGCAGCAGGAAGACGACCAGUUCUCUCACAGGUCGUCCACCAGUCGCCUGUCCAGGUCUCCUUUGAGAGGAGUGAAGAAGGUGAAGAUGAUGCAGUGUAAAGUCACCCUGCUGGACGGCUCCGACUACACGCUCAGUGUGGAGAAACGAUCCAAGGGACAGGUGCUCUUUGAUAAAGUGUGUGAUCACCUCAAUCUACUGGAGAGAGACUACUUUGGAAUCACAUACAGAGAUGUAGAGAACCAGAAGAAUUGGCUGGACCCCUCCAAGGAGCUGAAGAAGCAGAUUAGGACUGGUCCCUGGAACUUUGCUUUCAACGUAAAGUUUUACCCUCCAGACCCCUCCCAGCUGACGGAGGAUAUCACAAGGUACUACCUGUGCCUGCAGCUAAGAGAUGAUGUGGUUUCGGGUCGCCUGCCCUGCUCCUUUGCCACCCACACGGUGCUGGGCUCCUACACGGUGCAGUCUGAACUGGGAGACUACGACCCCGAGGAACUGGGCAGCGACUACAUCAGCGAGCUGCGCUUCGCACCCAACCAGACCAAAGAGCUCGAGGAGAAGGUCAUGGAACUCCACAAGACCUACAAGGGGAUGACACCGGCAGAAGCAGAGAUGCACUUCCUGGAAAACGCCAAGAAGCUCUCCAUGUACGGUGUAGACCUCCACCAUGCCAAGGACUCUGAGGGUGUGGAGAUCAUGCUGGGAGUUUGUGCAAGUGGCCUCCUCAUCUACAGAGACAGGUUGCGGAUCAACAGGUUCGCCUGGCCCAAAAUCCUCAAGAUCUCCUACAAGAGGAACAACUUCUACAUCAAAAUCCGGCCCGGCGAGUUUGAGCAGUUUGAAAGCACAAUCGGUUUCAAGCUUCCAAAUCAUCGUGCUGCCAAAAGGCUCUGGAAGGUCUGCGUUGAACACCAUACCUUCUUCAGGCUCGUUUCCCCUGAGGCACCGCCGAAGAAGUUCCUGAGCCUCGGUUCCAAGUUUCGCUACAGCGGCAGAACACAGGCUCAGACCCGCAGGGCCAGCUCUCAGAUCAUCAGACCUGCGCCGUUCUUUGAACGCUCCUCCAGCAAACGCUACAACAUGUCCCGCAGCUUAGAUGGAGCUCCCAUCACGGAGAACCACGAGACUCUGAUGAAGGACAGCGCCGCUGACGGGGCAGCCAAAGUCAUCGCCAAGGGAGACAUUAUCACCAUGGUGACGACAGAGACGAAGGCGGAGGAAGAGAACGCGGAGCAGGAGGCCGCUCAGGUGGAAGCAGUGGAGACACCAGAGCCUGAUGCCACGACACCGCUCAGACACGACACAAAGUAUAGUUUCAUAAGACGUGUAAAAGGGGAAAACGUUUUUACGAGGCAUAGUAAUCUGAUGCUAGAGGACACUGAGCCUCCAUCGGAGAUGGUCAAGCACCAAACCAACAUCAGCGAACUGAAGCGCUCCUUCCUUGAGACCGGCGGCAGCACGCCGGGCCCGACGGAAUGGGAGAAGAGACUCUCGUCUUCCCCUUUGCGCUCCAGCAGAGCAGACGAAGCACCAAUGAUAGAGCCUCUGGAGCCGCAGGAUACUAAAGAUGAGCCGCCUGCAGGAGAUGAGACAAGAGAGGAGGUGGAGCCCAAAGCCGCUGAGGCGACAGGAUAUCUGGUGAAAUGCCUGGUGGAUAGUAUCAUAACAGAUGGGGCCACCUCCUCGGGGCCUCACGGGAUUAGUCUGUCAGCAACUAUGGACGACGACGUCUUCAUGGACGAGACCAUAAGGGAGUUGGAGGAAAAGACACCCGACUCCCAUGAAGAGGUGUCUGAGAGGUCAGUGGUGAAAGUCAGCCCCGGAUCUGUCAUACAGGAAGUGUCCCAGGCCAUCAGUGACAAGAAGGGGACACUCAUUAUCCUGAAGGAGGCAGACGAUAAAGUGGACAUCGAGGGUGAAGAGAUGAGUGUUUUGGGUGAAAAAGAGGAGCCUAUAGUCCCUGGAGAGGCUUAUAGCGACAAGAAUGGAUUGCUUUCUGCUUCUGAAGAGAAAGAAACUAUGAGAGAAGACACUGCUGUUGUUACAGAAGCCCAAACCACAGUAGUCAAGACACUGAGUCCAAAGAUUGAUAUAAACACUGAUGAAAUAACUCAGAUUAAAGGUAUUGGCUCGCCUAAGAAGGCCAUGGCAUCAUGGAUUUCUGAGGAGGUGAAGACAGAGGCAUCCGAGGUCAUCAGUGUGUCUGCAAAGGAAGUCAAAGAGAGGAAGACCUCUGACAGUCUGCAGCAGAAAGCAGAAAUCUUCACCUUGGAAGAAGUCCAGAUCAAACAGUCAAAGCCCAGCCUGACUCAAAUUACAGUUUCUGAAUCUUCAGCUACAUCCUUAGCAGUGUCUCCGCUGGGAUUGGUUUCCUCCUCUCAAAAGACAUCAGCUGAUCCAGAGGAGAAGGCAGUGUUUGCCACGGAGACAGAGGCAGCGCCAGCCGAGUCGACAGGGCCAACGAAUCUUGAGGUCAGUGAUGUGGGCACCAAAGAGAUGCCUGUUAUCCACACAGAGACAAAAACUAUCACCUAUGAGGCUGCAGAGGUUGACACUAAUGGUGACGCAGACCCUGGGGUGUUGCUGAGUGCUCAGACCAUCACCUCAGAAACCACCAGCACCACGACAACCACGCACAUCACAAAGACGGUGAAGGGAGGAAUAUCAGAGACAAGAAUAGAGAAGAGGAUCGUCAUCACGGGAGAUGCAGACAUCGACCACGAUGAGGAGUAAAACUGAGGGCUGUUUUCUGUUCAACCUCCCACAAUCCAACAUCCAGAACUCCUCAUAUUACGCCGGGACUCUCAGAAGACUAGAACGGCUCCUUACUCCUCCGAAUGCUGCAGCUCGCCACUAGUCGCAAUCACCACCUGCAAAAUAAAUAAAAUGCAUUUUGCAUGAGAAGGA